GGUGGCUGCCUCGGCCCCGGAAUCCUAGUUCAGGGCCCACUGGGUCCCGGCCCAGAAGGCUAUGGCAGUGGCUACCGCUGUAGCACUACUGGCCGCUCUGGGUGGGACGCUGUGGUUGGCGGCCCGGCGCAUUGGAGGGACCAGGGCCCAGCGGCUGCACGGAGGCGGGGACUCCGGCCUCAUGCGCGGAAAGACCGUGCUGAUCACCGGAGCGAACAGCGGUUUGGGCCGCGCCACGGCGGCCGAGCUGCUGCGCUUGGGGGCUCGGGUGAUCAUGGGCUGCCGGGACCGUGCGCGCGCCGAGGAGGCGGCGGGCCAGCUCCGCCGCGAGCUCCGGCAGGCUGGUGACCCCAGCCCUGGCCCGGACGCCGGUGGGCCAGGCGAGCUCGUCAUCAAGGAGCUGGAUCUCGCCUCGCUGCGCUCAGUGCGCGCCUUCUGCCAGGAGCUGCUCCAGGAGGAACCCAGGCUGGAUGUUUUGAUCAAUAAUGCAGGGAUCUUCCAGUGCCCUUAUAUGAAGACUGAAGAUGGGUUUGAGAUGCAGUUUGGUGUGAACCAUCUGGGGCACUUCCUACUCACCAAUCUUCUGCUUGGACUCCUGAAAAGUUCAGCUCCUAGCAGGAUUGUGGUUGUUUCUUCCAAACUUUAUAAAUAUGGAGACAUCAACUUUGAAGAUUUGAACAGUGAACAAAACUAUAAUAAAAGCUUCUGUUAUAGUCGGAGCAAAUUGGCUAACAUUCUUUUCACCAGAGAACUAGCCCGCCGCUUAGAAGGCACAAAUGUGACUGUCAAUGUGUUACAUCCUGGUAUUGUACGAACUAAUCUUGGGAGGUACGUACACAUUCCACUGCUAGCCAAACCACUUUUCAAUUUGGUGUCAUGGGCUUUUUUCAAAAGUCCACUAGAAGGUGCCCAAACGUCCAUCUAUUUAGCCUCUUCACCUGAGAUAGAAGGUGUGUCAGGAAAGUACUUUGGGGAUUGUAAGGAGGAAGAACUAUUGCCCAAAGCUAUGGAUGAGUCUGUAGCGAGAAAACUCUGGGAUAUCAGUGAAGUGAUGGUUGGCAUAUUGAAAUAGGAAUAAGAUGGAAGAGAGCUAUUUAUAAAAGUGGAUAUCAGUUAUAUCAGUGAUGAGGAAUGGUGUGGCUUGGGCACUUGCUACGUGA